AUGGGUGAGGGCAGUGGGGCUGAAACCACAGGGGAAAUUGGUGACGACGGUAGUCGCGAGGUUGAAGAAGAAGAAGAAGACUUCAUUUGGAGGUAUGAACCACAAUCCUCCUCGGACGAAGAGGAGGGUGGUGACGAUUGUUUCACAACCCAAAAAAAGCGAACUAUUGUAACUGCCUACGGGGAAGAGCAGGAAGUUCCUGAAUUGAGGGUUGGUAUGGUAUUUCCUGGUUGGGAGGAGAUUGAACAACAAUUUAGGGGGUAUGCCAAACAAAAGGGUUUUGGUGUUUCCCGUCGGUGUGCUUCGUGGAAGUUUUCGGUUAGCCACACAAAGGAUGAUUCUGAUAAAGAGAAAGGAAUCGUGAAAGAGAAGCGUAAUUGUUUGUGGACUUGUGAGUGUUAUGGUGUGCCGGAAAGGAGGCGCAAGGUGAAUGGGGCUAAGGUUGCAUCUGAUUCCCAACUCCAUGAAGUAAUUGGGAGUGGGGUACGCAAGUCUAAGAAAUGUCAAUGUCCGAUACAUGUAUUUUCAAGUGUAAAUAAGGUAGGAGAGUGGGUGAUACGUAGAGAAGUAAUGAUUCAUGAAAAUCAUCACCCCACCCCUAGUAAGUCUAGGACUAUUGCUUAUAACCGGAAGAAGCUUUUAAGGGAUCAUCCUCAUGUGUUGACACAAGCGAAUGUUUGUUCGAAAUAUGGUAUGUCUGUGGCUCAAACUUAUAACUUACUGGUGGUGCAAAGGAAUGGUAGAGGUAGAAUGCCUUUCUUACGGAAGGAUCUUAAUGAUGUGGUUGCGAAGGAGAGGAAGGCUAGGACUAGUGGUGGUGAUGCGAAGGCAAUGUUUGACUAUUUUAAGAAGAUGAAAGCAGAUAAUUCUGAUUUUUUUCACGUGUACCGGCAAGGUGCAAAUGGGAUGUUGCAAGAUGUUUUAUGGGUUGAUGCUCGUAGUAGAGCUACUUAUGAGGAGUUUGGUGAUGUUGUCUGCUUUGAUAGUACGUACUUGACCAAUAAAUAUAAAAUGCCGUUUGCGAACUUUGUUGGUGUAAAUCAUCAUGGUCAGAGCAUAUUACUUGGAUGUGCGCUUGUUUCGCAUGAAAAUAGUGACACAUUCGAGUGGAUUUUCGGUAAUUGGUUAGAAUGUAUGGGUGGUAAAGCCCCAAUUGGGAUCUUGACUGAUCAAGAUCCCGCGAUGAGGAGGGAUUUGAGAUCAACCAUGAGCGAUACAUGUCAUAGGUGGUGA